AUCACGUGCUGACUGACAGCAAUCCCUAGUCUUCGCAGAUGAUUCUGGGAAUUGUAGUUGUAUUCUCUUCCUCCUUUUCUUCCCCAGACUACUUGCUAUUGUAGUCGGACGUGUAGAGUGGGGCAUUGCGAGAGUCAUUAGUGAUGAUUAACAAGAUGGACAUCUACAAGGUGCAGAUGGCAGAGCAGUUCCUGAACCACGCGCUCGGCAUCAUCUACCUGCUGACUGGAGAGGAAUACACCAUUGUAAAGAAGAAUUCCCCCCACAACUGCAGUCAGCGGCUGACGGGAGAGGUCCCUAUAAAGUGUGACGAUGUUGCUGUCUAUUUCACUAUGGAGGAGUGGGAAUAUAUCGACAGACACAAGCUUUACAACAAUGCCAUGACAGAGAAUCAAACGCUCAGAACUGUGGAAGUCUCUACGCACAAGAGCUCAGGUGUAAGAACCGGUGAGAUUGCAUUUAACACUGAAGAGUCGGAUAAUGUAACAAGUUUGUUGGAAGCUACAGAACAGAUUACAUGUAAUAUAAAUAGCAAUUCCCAUGAUGAUGCUUCUGGUACGUUAAUAAAACAUGAGGGAGGAGAGGAUACGAGUGCUGAGAAUGAUAUUCAGCAACUGGAGGUGACUUCAGACACUGGUGCAGGUCACUGUAAAGGGAUUAUAGAUGCAGUAAUAAAACAGGAGGACGAAAAAAGUGAGAGAGAGGAAAUUGUUAUUCAACAAGUGGAAUCCAGUACAGAUCCGUGUGCAGCUCAUAUGGCUGAGGAAUCCCACACAGCCGCUCAUACAUCAGCAAGAAUACAAGAGGGUGAUACUGUCCUCUCUCAACUGAUUCAAAAUGAAGACUUUUAUAAGAAACAAUAUCAAACAUAUUCCUUGUUAUCUUAUCAGUACAAACCGAAAGCCCAUAAUCUAAAUGAGAAGAAAGUUAUAGUCCAUAACGAUACACAAUGCAGGACAAGUAUUGUUAAAAAAAACGAGACCACAAACAGUGAAUAUUCAGUUGGCUUAAAGGCACUUCAUGAAAAUAGUAAACCAUUUAAUUUAAAGUCUAAGUUCUUAAUUUCACAUCCCUCAGCCGAUACGGAGAAGGGACCAUAUAUUUGCUCUGUUUGUAAAAUGUGUUUUCCUUUCAAGUCAAAGCUGGAUAGACACUAUAGAACCCAUACAGGAGAGAAACCGUAUGUUUGUGAGACAUGUGGGAAAGGAUUUUCUUACGCUUUUACUCUGUGUAAUCACGAAGAGUGUCAUACAGGAGAGAAACCAUAUAUCUGUCAGACAUGUGGGAAAGGAUUCUCUCAAGCACAAUAUCUUUAUAAACACAAAAGAACUCAUACUGGAGAGAAACCCUAUGUUUGUCAGACAUGUGGCAAAGGCUUUCCUCAGAAGGGAGAACUCUUAGUUCACUAUAGGACUCAUACAGGAGAGAAACCAUAUAAUUGUAAGGAAUGUGGGAAAAGUUUCUCGUCCCAGUCAAAUAUGAUUCGGCACUGCAAGAGUCAUAAAGGAGAGAAACCCCAUGUUUGUCAGACAUGUGGAAAAGGCUUUUCCCAAAGGGCAAGUCUUCGGAAACACUACAGGACCCAUACAGGAGAGAAACCAUAUAUUUGUCAGGAAUGUGGUAAACGUUUCUCAGAAAGAUCAAAUAUGAUUCGCCACCGUAAGUUUCAUAAAGGAGAGAAACCUUUUGUUUGUCAAACAUGUGGGAAAUGCUUUACUCAAGGAGCAAGCCUUAGGAUCCACCAGAGAACUCAUACAGGAGAAAAACCAUUUGUAUGCCAGGAAUGUGGUAAAAGUUUCUCAGAAAGGUCAAAUUUAAUUCGACACCACAGGACUCAUAAAGGAGAGUAGACAUUUGUCAUAAAUGUGGUAGAUACAUUAAACCUUGCUGUACGCUAUUGAAGACAACGCAAGAAAAACCUCCACUGGAUCCAUUAAAUGGACAGUAUACCAUAAAAUUGUUUUUUCUUAAUGUGUUUCCAAUUACUUUUUUUUACCAGCUGCAGAGUGUAAAAUGUUUGAGAUGUGCUUUUUAAGGUUUAUUUGUGUAUAUGAAAUAGAUUAUUUUGUAUUUUGAAGCCACAACCUAAUAAAAUGGGUUGAGCUUGUAGGUAUAAUCAGAUCUCAUUACUUUAUCACAUUGUGUACAUAUACAUACUUUAUCUUAUAUCUGUCCAUAAAUCAAAUACCAAUACUUGGAGAGAACAAUGGAAAAUUAACAUUGUAUUACGUUUUCUCUUCUAUACCCCACUGGGAGUGUAAUUUCUUCUACACAGCUUAUCUAUAGCUUGGACCUAAGGCUAAAAACUUUCAGGAUAGAUGGAGAUACCACAGGCUAAAUCAACUAUUUCAAAUGCCAAUGUAAGGCUAAUGCAAAUACUUAUAAAAAAAUGUAACACACUACAGCAGGUAAAGUGGAUUAUUGGCAACAAAUUAAAGGGGAUAAACAGUUUGAGUAAACCAUCCCUUUUAACCAAAAGGGAAAAAAAUUAUCAAAACUUUCUCACAAACCCAAUAGGCAACACAUUCAUAAUUUCCUCUCUAGUACUUCACGACCACAAGUCUUUUGGUUUAACGUAUGGAUGUCCUUAUGCUUAGAACAUCUCUACUUGUGUUCCCAGGUGGAUUCCCUUCAAAGUCUUCUAUUGCUCUUUGUCAUUCAGCAAGUGUAAAAAGAGUUAAACCGACGAGUUUGUUAUAAAUAAAACAUUGUCCAAACAUAAA